AUGGCAGUUCAUAUUGAGGCGGCGCAAUUUCCUCGUGAUUCGGAGGCUGUUCAUGCCUUGUUCUCGAGCUACUCGUCGUCAUUGGGAAUCGACCUCACGUUCCAGUCUUUUCAACGUGAGCUUGACUCUUUGCCCGGCAAAUAUUCCGAGCCUCAAGGAGGUAUCAUCCUGGUCGCACGAGCCAUAAUCGGUCAUGCUAGUCAUGUUUCUACAUUGCACUCGGGGGCCGGGCUAGCUCAAAGCCCGAAGGUCCAGGUCUCCCCUGCCGUCGGAUGCGUCGCGUUAAGGCGAAACCCGGGUAAUUGGUGUGAGAUGAAACGCUUGUAUGUGGUCGAAGAUGCACGAGGCUUGAAGCUAGGUGACAAAUUAGUCGAGGCCAUCGUUGCACAAGCCAAAGCUUUUAGCUACCGGGGCAUUCGCUUGGACACACUACCCGAUAUGACUAUCGCCCAACGACUUUAUCAUCGGCACGGAUUCGUGAAGAUUGAACCUUACUACGAUACGCCUAUUGAAGGUACUAUAUUUAUGGGGUUUGAAUUCGCCCGUUCAUGA